AUGUCUUCUGGCUCGUACAAAGAAGACUUCUUCGGAUCCCUCGCUGUGCUGGAGACGGAAGAUGGGAGCCACGUAGCUGCGUUUAAGGACGCCCUCUGCGCUUGCAGCGAAUAUUUUGACGCGCUCUUCAACCGCCCCCUAUCGUCGAAGCACAGAGAUAUGUACCCAAUUCCAGGCAUCGCAAAGCCCUAUCUGACAGCCAUCGUCAGAUACGCCAAUACCGGAGAGACGCACAUCAACGACGACAACGUCGAGAUGCUACUCGAAGCCGCCGACCAGUUCCUCGUCGCAGGUUUGCUCAAACGCUGCUGCGACUACGUAGCUGAAAAGAUCAACGUUCAAAACUGCGUCAAGACGCUUCAGUUGACGCAUAUCUACUUCUUACUUCAAUUGCGCUGUAAGGCGCAUCGUUUCCUGCUUGACAAUUUCGAACAAGUGUAUCUGAAGUGCCCAGAUUUUUGCGAGAUAAUGCUGGAAGACAUGACCGAUUUGUUGGCUUCGGACGAACUGAAGGUUCGUCGAGAGGAGACUGUGUGGGAGGCUACGACGGCAUGGUUGAAUGCGAACCUGGAAGAGAGGAGCCAAUACGUAGCUGUCCUUUUGCCGCACAUACGUUUUUGGCUCAUGAAGGCGAGCUACAUCAAGCGAACGGUGCUCAAGAGUGCGCUGCUCGCGCCAGACGCGCGGGAUGUCAUUGCGGUCAAAUGCCGAAUGAAGGGAGUGUGCACGGGCAGUCCCUUCCUCGGCCUUCCAACUCAUCGAAUUCCAUCGGACAUAAUGUUUGUGUACGGGGGCAUUCAUUGCAGCUACAAGAGCAACACCUGGGAAGUGUAUGACUACAAGAUGAACCAGUGGAGUACCGUCCACACCACCUUUGACCAGGAGGUCGUUUUCGGUCUGCAAUGCGCAGCGGUGGAUCACGUCAUCUACGUUAUGGGUGCCAACAUCGCCAAGAUGGCUCACUUCUGCUACUCUUUCGAUGCCGUCGCCAUGACGUGGUCUCCAAUCGACCCUAUGAAGCAGCUUCGAGCAUUCUUUGGCGUCGCUGUGCUGGACAAAAGCGUGUUCUGCAUCGGUGGAUCGCCGAACGGCGUCGUCACUCUGGACAGCGCCGAACGCUAUGACACAUCCGAUGGUACCUGGAAGAAAAUCUGCAGCAUGAACCAUCCGAGGUUCGGGGCCGGUGCUACAUCCUGCAAUGGACGUGUCUACAUUAUUGGAGGGAUGUCGACCACCAGGCCGCUUGCAUCGGUGGAGGCCUAUGACCCCCUCACGGACUGUUGGACGCUCGUGCUUCCCAUGAAGACGGAGCGACUGUUUCACGGGGUCGUGACGUACCGAGGUAAAAUCUACGUGAUUGGAGGCUUGUCCAGGAAAUCUGUGGUAUGCGAAGUUUACAAUCCGACCACCGAUAGGUGGUGCAAGGGACCGAAGACGAAGACGCUCACCGAUAAAGCAGUGGCGGUGGUUCUGGACGACAGGAUAUUUGCCAUUGGAGAAGUUAACCAGAAGGACUACCAGCGAUGUCUGGAAUUCUUCUCCGAAGACGAUAUGAAGUGGCACGCCGUAUCUAGCCAUGCUCCACCCAGGUGGUUCUACUCUGCCUGUGUACUGAGGAACCUGCCGAAUGCGGUCGAUUACGUGGCCAGACCGAAACGGAUAGAUUUACCAUUUGUGUCAUCGCUUUUGUGA